UCAUAAUCAAAUUUCAUCCUAAGCUCUCUCUCUCUCUGACCAUUCUCUCUUUCUUUCCUUCCUUCCUUCUUCUCUGGCUUUCUCUCUCUCUCUCUUUCUCUUCUUCUCAUGCAACUUUUGUAAUGAAAGCAAUGCAUGGUUUUUAGAGUGUGAUCUGUUUAUAAUAAAAUCCCAUUUCAUUUUUUCAUGUAAAGUUUUUGUCUUUGGGGUUCAUUAGGAUCUGUGUUAAAAAUUUAACCAUCAUCACCACCACCUCAACCCACAUUAAUAGCGGGGCGAGUCAUUCUCGGUCUUGUCUGGAAUUUUACCAAGUUGUGUGUUGCUAACACUUUCUGUUCUUGUCUAGCUACUUUUCUCUAACAUUAAAGGUAAAAGAUGGAGACAUCUGUGAAAUGUCUUAUAAACAGCAUUUCUCGAUUCAUUCAUCUUGUUUCGUGCCAAAAUGUGAAGCCGGUGCUCAUACAGAACGACUACAGAAACAUAGCUGGUGUUCUGAAGCUUUUGAAGCCAUUUCUUGAUGAAGUUCUUGAUUCAGGAAUGUACUCUGAUGAGAUUUUAUGUAAAGAAUUCGAGGAAUUGGAUACAGCUGUAAAUAUGGCUAGAGAGUUUAUGGAAGAUUGGUCUCCUAAGAUGAGCAAGAUUUGCAGUGUUUUGCGAAGCGAGCAAUUGUUUAUGAAAAUUCAAGGCUCUUUACUUCUUAUCUGCUGCGCGUUGCACAGAUUGCUACAAUCAUCCGAUUCACCAAGUUCAAAUGUGUCUGCAAUUAAGCAAUGUAUGCAGGAGGUUCAAUCCAUGAAACAGGAAAGAAUAGCAAAAGACAUAGAAGAUGCGAUGAGAGCUCGAAAUGCUUACGAGGAUAAUCUUAUGAGAAUCAUCGAAUUGCUUGAUUUGACAUCAAGCCAAGAGUUGUUGAAAGAGAUUAUUGCUGUAGAGAAGGAGAGAAUCAAUGCCGAAUGCAGUAAAGUGAGAAGAGAUUUGAAUCAAAUUAGACAGAUUAUGGAUCUUGUCUACCGAAUCCGUGAUUGCAUGGUUAAACUUCAGCGAAUUGAAGACGUCACAGUCCCUUCGUACUUUUGCUGUCCUUUAUCAUCGGAACUCAUGUUGGAUCCCGUGAUUAUGGCUUCGGGUCAAACGUACGAGAGAUCUUCAAUCGUGAAAUGGCUCAAUGAUGGACUGACCAUUUGCCCGAAAACUCAUCAGAAGUUGUCUCACACAAAUGUCAUUACUAAUUAUACUGUCAAAGCUAUGAUAGCAACAUGGUCUGAGGAGAACAAUGUGAAACUUCCUGUUUACUCAGACCGAACAAGAACUGUCGUUGUAGCCUCGUCACAACCAGACCAUGUAGAUGUCGGUAAUGGGAUUGAGAAGGGAGAGAAAGCCAACGGUCAUCCAUCCCCCGAACACUCCUACUCUCACAGCAGGAGUGAAUCAACAUCCAGUGCUGUUUCGAGUAUUGAUUAUGUGUUGUCUGGUGAAAUUACUUCCGAGCCUCCAAACAAAGAACCGAGAAAUUCUCUUUGGAGGUCGGGUAAGCAGUUGUAUAUGGCCAAUAAAGAGUCCAAAUCAUCAGUAUCUGAGGAUUUAACAACAACUUCCCAUGUAACGAAACUGAUUGAAGAUCUUGAGAGUCUUUCCAUCGAAGAGCAAACUACAGCGGCUGAAGAGCUUCGGCUUCUGGCAAAGCACAAUGUGGAGAAUCGAAGUAUUAUUGGCCAGUGUGGUGCUAUCAAACCGUUACUUUCGUUGCUGUAUUCAGAGACGAAACAAACACAGGAACACGCUGUAACUGCUCUUUUGAAUUUAUCGAUUAAUGAAGAUAACAAAGCUAUGAUUGCUGAAGCGGGAGCUAUAGAACCGUUGAUCCAUGUAUUGAGAACUGGGAAUAAUGGAGCAAAAGAGAAUUCGGCUGCAGCUUUAUUCAGCCUCUCUGUACUCGAAGAAUACAAGGAGAAAAUCGGUCGUUCUGGUGCGGUGAAAGCUUUAGUGGAUCUUUUAGGAUCAGGUACUCUUAGAGGAAAGAAAGAUGCUGCUACCGCUUUGUUUAACCUAUCGAUUUUUCAUGAAAACAAGGCUCGAAUAGUUCAAGCCGGGGCCAUAAGGCAUCUUGUUGAGUUACUUGACCCAGGUACCGGGAUGGUUGACAAGGCGGUUGCCCUUCUCUCGAAUUUGUCCACAGUAGGAGAGGGCCGUUUAACAAUGGUUCGGGAAGGUGGAAUUCCAUUACUAGUUGAGAUCGUCGAAUCGGGUUCCCAGAGAGGGAAGGAAAAUGCUGCCUCCAUACUACUUCAACUCUGCCUUCAUAGUAAUAAAUUUUGUACCCUUGUUCUACAGGAAGGAGCCGUCCCUCCCCUCGUGGCGUUAUCUCAAUCUGGAACACCGAGAGCGAGAGAAAAGGCACAACAGCUUCUGAGUCAUUUUCGUAGCCAGCGGGAAGGGUCGACCGGGAAAGGAAAAUCAUGAAAAGGCGGCGACAACAACAACAUUUCUUGAUCUGUGUUCUUCAUCGAGGCAAACCCCAUUGAGAGAGGACUACAUUUCAUAUAUUCUUUGAUUUUAACCAUAAUUUAUUUGCAACAUAUUUUAGAUAACAUUUGUUUCUUUCUUUUCCUCCAUUAGUAGGGAUUUUUUUUCUUGUGCUAUUCUCAGUUUCUUUGCUUCAUUAGUUUUUUUUUUUCUUCUUAGUGUUAUUGUUGAGUGGUGGAGUUAGAUUCAGUCCAGGGUUUUUUUUUUUAUUUAUUAUUAUUUAAUGGUACUCAAUCAGUGGUGUAUAUAUAUACAUAUAUACUGAUCUGUACAUAUACAAAUACAGUCUUUGGUUUCUUAUUAUGUAUGCUAGUUGGUAUACAAGUUUUGAGGAUUUAGUGAACUUUUUUUUAACAAAAA